AUGGUGGGACUUAGUGUAGUAUUGGAAGGUCAAAAGGGUAGUAGUGCUACUGCUACCGCUAGUGUUAUUAACAAAGCCACUAUGAUGAUCAACACGAACACCAAACCCUUCUCGCCCUCUGCUUUGCCAUAUUACCCCCGAGUUCACAACAACUAUCCCUAUUUGCCACCAAAUCCCAAUUUUCUUGACAAAUGCUUUCUGUGCAAGCAGAAGCUCUUGCUUGGCAAAGACAUCUACAUGUACAAGGGAGAUAGGGGUUUUUGCAGUGUGGAGUGCAGGUACAAUCAGAUUAUGAUGGACGAGGAGGAGAUUGUUCGCAAGGAAAUGAACUGCUCAAUGGUUGCCAUGAAACCCAAUACAGCUUCUUCCUCUUCAAGCUCUUCAGCUUCUUCUUCUCGAGGCUCAAACCGAAACAAAGGGGCGGGUGGAUUUGCCUACUGAGUACUGAGAGAAGAAUAAGAAAAACCAGUGGAACUGAGAAAUGGUUUCUUUAAGUUGUGUCCCUUUGUACCCCUUUUUUUGUUUCGAAAUGACCUUGUUGUCCCUUUUGUAGUGUCUAUGUUUCCUGGUUUGAGGCCAAGAGAAUCCAACUAGUUUUGCCCCCAUCACAUGUUGUAUGUGAU